AGGGAGAUGGGGGAGCCGGGCAGAUAAGGAUUAAUGUGGGGGCUGGGAACAGAGGGAUGAGAAGUGUAAAUAGAAAAAAGCAAACAGAAAGCCAGGAAUCAUUAAAAAAGGGGUGGAGAAUAAAACAGAGACUAUCUUUUUGCCUCUGCAUAAAACCAUGGCCGGAGGAGUUCAUUGAAUGUGAGGAUCCAGUAGAUCAUGUUGGAAAUAUUACUGCACAGCGUGAAUUAGGUUACGGGUGUGUUAAGUUUGGUGGCCAAGCCUAUAGUGACGUAGACCACACUCCAGUGCAGUGUAAAGCACUAGAUGGUAUCGAGUGUGCAGAGCCUCGGACUUUUCUACGUGGGAAUAAGCCAUGCAUAAAGUACACUGGCCACUAUUUUAUAACCACUUUACUCUACUCCUUCUUCCUGGGUUGUUUUGGAGUGGACCGAUUCUGUCUGGGCCAUACAGGGACAGCAGUGGGAAAACUACUAACUCUUGGAGGACUUGGGAUCUGGUGGUUUGUUGACCUUAUUCUCCUUAUCACUGGAGGACUGAUGCCUAGUGAUGGCAGCAACUGGUGCACGAUGUACUGAACAGAACCAAUUCUAUUUAAGAAUUGAUACCAGGAGAAGUUUAAUGUGGCAUCUGUCCCUGAAUAAUUGGAGCCCUUUGUUCUGUAGAGUCAGAACAGCCUGUCUUUCUACGGUAUAAAUAUGUUCUGGAGCAGAACAAUGCUAUGGCUAACUUCUGUGUGCGCACCUCAAAUUUAAUUUACAAACAAAACUAUUUCUGGUAUAUUCUUCCCGUUAAGAUGUGCUGGGCUGUGUUUUCCUCUCCCCCUCCCCCCCCCAAUAACAGGUUUGACACCACAGUGGAGCAUUGUACCUUUCCAUGCUAAUUGUCAAUAUAGAAUGUGUUCAAGGACUGUUUUGAGCCUCUCUGUGGACAAGAGUAGCUGUUCCCAUUGCAGUAGCUUUUUCAGAGGGUCACUGAAUGCUAGCACUACAUAUGAUGACAUUUUCAUCACAAGGCCGUGGAAACACCUGUGGGCUAUGGAAGUGAUCAACAGUUAAGUUAUUUACUUCACUCAGGCUACGUCUACACUGGUGGGUUAUUGCACAAGAAGGGCCGUUCUUCCGCAGAGCGUCCACACUGCCCACUCGCUCUUGUGCAAGAAGAUUUACAGUAAAGUGUGGUAAGAGAGCUUCUUGUGCAAGAGCUACGCUCUUUUCUAACAGAUGUAAGUCUCUUGCACAAGAGCUCUUGCGCAAGAGGCCAGUGUGGAUGCACGGCAGGGGUUUCUUGCGCAAGAAAGCCCUAUGGCUAAAAUGCGCCAAAGCAUCUCUCACACAUGGUAGUUUGGCCAUGUUCUUGCGUGUCUCUUCUUGUUCUUGUGCAAGAAGCCGCCAGUGUAGACAUAGCCUCAGUGAAGUGUGUAAAUGGGAGAAGAUUUGAGCAGCACAACUUUGUUCCUGUGCAGUGUGAUCCUAAAAGUCACUAUUGCUAGCAAGUUGUAUGCUUAGUUAAGAGCAUGUAGUUACUGUGGCUCAUACAGGAGGAAUGGGGAGGAGAUCAGAAAUGUUGGAGGAGUUAACUGGAAGGCAGGGCUGGGGCAAAAGAACACCACAGCAGAAACUAAGAACACAAAAAUGUGAGGGAGGCACGAGGUAGCAUUAAAGAGUGUAUGUAAAUAGACUCUGGGCAUUUUAAUACAGGAAUCUCUGAUACAGUUUGUGCAAAACUUUCCCACAUCUAUGAUUUUAAACAGUCCACCAUUGUAAACAAACAUGGCCGAGUAGCUGAAAUUUAGUCUUUAACUUACACUUUUGCAUUCAAUCACUUGAAGGAAAAAAAAAUGUGAAAAUUGUCACCAUAAACAUUUUUCCUAAGUGAUUAGUAACUCUUGGCUACCCUCUGGUUUCGUCAUAAGGGCCAUGUGCCCUGCUCUUUCUGAAAAUCAGGCAGUUCAAGCUGUGUAUUUUGAGCACCCAAAAGUUAAAGCAUUUAAAAAAAUCUCCAUUAGUUGAGAGUUCAGCUGCUUCCACUACACAUGUGGAAAACUUAUCUACUGCAAAGAGCUAUUUUCCAAAGCCAGUUUUUAUAGUCACAAUGUUAUAGAAAAGCAAAUAUAUACCAAACUUUCAGCAAAAGAGCCAAAAUUAAAUUUAGUCCCUUUGACUUCAGUUAGAAUUUGACCAGGGCCCAAGUUGUCAGUAAUAGGAUCUCUGCACAUAAUGUCAGUUAAGUUUAGACAACAUAAGUAAUUCUGUCCAAAUUCUGGAUUACAGCCAGUGUACUUUUGGCUAACUUUACAUUCCUUUAAAUAUGGAAAGAGGAAAAUAAAUCAGAUCCUUCAAUA